AUGGCUCCCGUACGCAACGAGGUGCCGCCGCAUACGAUAGAUCGCACUCCCGAGUACGAGGAGUUUAUGACACGACUCCGGGAUUACCAUGUCAAGCGAGGCACUACACUGGACCCGGAACCCAAGGUUGGCGCAACACACCUUGACUUGUUCAAGGUCUUCAACCACGUUGUUGAAAGCGGUGGUUACGACAAGAUUUCAGAGGAAAAGCUGGCCUGGCGUCGCAUGGCAUCUGAGCUUGGUAUUUAUUCGAACAACGAAGCGUCAACUGCCUUUUCGCUGAAGGAGAAGUUCUACAAAAAUCUUGCCGCAUACGAGAUCAGUACCGUGCAUGGCAAGGAACCACCACCAAAGGAUAUUCUAGAGGAUGUAACGGCCAAGGGCGCUGCCUUGUUGACACGUACCAGGGAGAACUAUCGCGGUGCCAAACGGGAGAGUAAUAUUGGUGCCACAGACUCAGCGGCAUCGGGUGAUGAUGGUACACCCGUCCGUGAGCGACCUGUUCCAGACGCUGCUGCUAGUGCGCGAGCAUCUAGGGGUUUAAGAGAAGCACCUCCUCAGCGUGUCAUUUUCCAACCAGAUACUGGCCCUUCACGCACAACAAGGCACGCAUCUGCCCACCAUGCGAGCACUACCAACUCACCAGCCGUCAAUCCUCCCCAAACUCCUUCACAUCAUCCGAAUAUGCAUGUACCACAACAACAACAACACCAGCAACAACAGAACUACCAGGGAAACCGUGGGCCCUCGGUGCAUCACCAACCCGCAACCCUCGAAAAUACAUCUAAUUUAGUCACUGCGUAUCAACCGCGGUUUUCUAAACCCCUGACGCUUCGUGCUGUCUCAACCCCUGGCAACGCGCCUAAUGAGUUCCAAAAGCCCCGCCAGCAGACACGUCCAGAUCCUCGUCAACCAAUGCAGCCUGGCACCGGGUUUGACGGUCCUAAUAUUUACAUGCGAUGCUUGAACGCUUUACGAUCAAACAUUCCCGCAGAGCAGGCUUUUGCACUCAACCACUUGGUCAAGAUCUCGUUUGAGCGAGGCGACAAGUACAAGUUCGAUUCCUUCCCAGGUCUUGCCGAAGGGCUGGUUGACAAAGCCCUUGAGGUGGGCCAGCUGUUCUAUCAUGUCAACUGGACUGUAUCGUGGAACAUUCCUCAUGACUCUAGCGACCCAAACGUUCUCGACGGAAACUAUGGAACACAAGAUAUCUUGGAACGAAUCGACAAUCUCAUCGAAAAGGAUAUGCCGGAUGUUCUUCAGACCGAGUCCUUCGCAGACAACCUAGUCCUGGUAACCGAAGCUGUUCUGACGCUCCGCAACAUGGUCACUCUUCCCGAGAAUGCUCACAACUUGUCCGACUUUCCUCCUAUUAAGGAUCUUAUCUGCAUCGUUCUGCACCUGCCACAAAGGGAUUCGCUUGUCGAGUUGAAGCACCUCACUCUGGACAUUGCAGAGCAGCUGACGCCCUUCAUGAGCCUAGAUUCAGAUGACCCCUUGUACAGAACCCUGUUGGCACAGAUGACAUCUGACGACCGAGGCACUAUUCUGACAGCUCUCCGCGCCCUUGGCCGGAUCUCAAUGAACCUCGAGGCUACAAACAAGUUGGGCAAUGUUCCCGGACCCGUGCUUCAGCGACUUGCUAGUUGGCUAUUGCUCAACGACGAUGAGCUUAUUGAUGCCUGCCUCGACUUCCUCUAUCAGUACACCGCUGUCGUACCAAACGUAGACAACUUGAUUCGUUCUUUGACGCCAGAGAACCUGGUCAACCACCUCGCUCGCUUGCUCGCUCACGGCGCACAAAAGACACAGCGCGAUUUUGUUCUAGUGCCCGAGCAAAGAAUCCCUGCUCGCGAUCAGAUCGCCCCUAUGCCCGAGGACCUGUUGCAAGAGAUGCUCAAGCUGGAAGAACCCGAUCGCGUCCACAAAUGGGUUCGAUGCUUCUUUGAAGAGGAUAACAACUCUUAUGUAACACAGCUAGCUGCUUGGCAGGCCUACCAAACUGCCUUCGUCGGGCCCCUAAAGACCAUAGGUCAGCCACUGAUUACACCUGCCGACUUCAUCAGGAACAGCACUUCGGUCUACAAAGAUUCGAAUGCGCAGGUCCUCCGGGACCCAGGUGACCCACAACAGAAGUUCAUCAUCCAUGGCAUCCGUGCCAGACCGAAACCCCUGGGUAUGGACGGUUCAGAGUAUGGACGGUGUCUGUGGGCCUCGAAUCCUGACAACAUGCUCGAGAAAUGCGGUCACUUCUACAUCAAGACCGAGAAGAUGUGGGAACACAUCCUCACAGAUCAUCUUCACGAGAAGCGCAAUGAGGAGGGACAGUUUGACAACGUCGAGAAAGAGUUCACGUGCACAUGGGACCAAUGUGCUCGCUUCCAGAAGCCGACCAAGAUGCGUCUUCAAGAGUUCGCUCGGCACAUCAACACACAUGUCUCUUUGGCUUUGCCCAAUGAGGCGCACAGCCGAAAGCCAGAACGCUCAUGGAUUAUUCCAGCCAAGACCAUGACUGUGACCUUUGAGGAAACCAUGACAGUACGUGAUGAGCGAAAUCCAAACCACCCACCCCAAGCCGCCGGUAUUCCUCUCAGCGCUGCCCUUGUGCUGCGAAACAUUGCUAGGAACGUGGUGAAGACUGAGGCGGAGGAAGAGAUUCUUAAAAAGCAGACAGAAACCGGUGAGCGUGGAGGCUGGAAUGAAAUCCUUUUCAGGCCGCUCCUGCCGCGGCUAUUUGAGAUACUUGCGGAGAACAGAGCAAUGAGUCAUUACAUUUCAUCAUUACUCGAUCUCAUCCGGAUUGACUACGAAAGUCAGGAUCAAUGA